CUGUGACCCACCCUGGUGGCCUGCACGUGCACCUACUCCCUGCACGUGCACCGCCUGUAGGCGCUGACGCCGAGACACUGCCAGCCCAAGGAGAUGUUGUCGGAUGUCUGCCCGCAUCUCUGCUACCCUGCAGUAGAGCUUGGCCUGCAGAAGGAGCAAAGGAGACAGGAUUCAGGGAUCCCCCAGGCCAUGGAUACGCCCCGAGCAGCCAAGGGACAGUGUCCCUGGCGUCCAUGCCUCAUAGGGCUGUUGCUGCAGCUGCUGUUUGCUCUGUGCUUCUUCUCCUACAUCCGAGUAUCCCAUGACCAACCCGGCCCCCCAGCUCCUGAUAGCUCCACAGGACCAGCCUCCACCCCAACUACCCCUGUCCCCAGACCCUUCCUCAUCUUACUGUGGACAUGGCCCUUCCACAGCCCACUGACUCUGUACCCCUGUUCCAAGAUGCUCCCAGGCACCGCCGACUGCCAGAUGACUGUCAACCGGAGCUUGUACCCCCAAGCAGAUGCAGUCAUCUUCCACCACCGAGAAAUCAGCCCCAACCCCAGGUCACUGCUGCCAAGUCAGCCGAGGCCGCCAGGCCAGCGCUGGGUGUGGUUCAGCCUGGAGUCACCCAGCCACUGCAGCAGGCUGGCAGCCCUGGAUGGAUACUUCAACCUAACCAUGUCCUAUCGCAGCGACUCUGACAUCUUCACACCCUAUGGCUGGCUGGAGCCGUGGGCAGAGCCUCCAGUCCAAACCCAGGUCAACAUGUCUGCCAAGACUGACCUGGUGGCCUGGGCUGUGUCCAACUGGAACCCCAAGUCGGCUCGGGUGCUGUACUAUCAGAAGCUUCAGAGUCACCUCCAUGUGGACGUGUAUGGCCGAGGACAUAUGCCCCUUUCCCGAGGGGACAUGAUGGGGACGCUGGCCAGAUACAAGUUUUACCUGGCGUUUGAGAACUCACUUCACCCAGAUUACAUCACAGAGAAGCUGUGGAAGAAUGCUCUGGAGGCCUGGGCUGUGCCCGUGGUCCUGGGGCCCAGCAGGAAGAACUAUGAACGCUUCCUGCCCCCUGAUGCCUUCAUCCACGUGGAUGACUUUGAGAGCCCAGCAGACCUGGCUCAGUACCUGCAGAAGCUAGACAAGGACAGCCAGAGCUACCAGCGCUACUUCCGCUGGAGGGAGACGCUCAGGCCUCGCUUGUCUAGCAUGGCCCUUGCCUUCUGCCAGGCAUGCAGGCAGCUGCAGUGGGACCAGAGGUACCAGACGGUCCACAGUGUGGCCUCUUGGUUCCACUGAGGUGGCUGGCCAGAGUCCUGCAGGCAGUGUCCCACUCAAAAUUCAUCCUCUGUUGCCCCUGUGUUGUGCUCUAUCGUGCUGGGUAGUUUUAUUUCAAUUUGAUACAAACUAGAGUCAUGUGGGUUGAUGGAGCCACAAUUGAGAGAAUGGCACCACCAGAUUGACCUGCAGGGCAUUUUCUUAAUUAGUGAUUGAUGGUAAGGCCUCAGCUCACUGUGGGUGGUACCAUCCCUGGGCUGCUUGUCCUGGGUUCUAUAAGAAAGCAGGCUGAGCAAGCCAUGGGGAGCAAUUCAGUAAGUGGCCUCUGCCUCAGCUCCUGCCUCCAGGUUCCUGCCUGACUCUGUGAAUGAUGGAGUGUGACUGAGAAAUGUAAGCUGAAAUAAAACUAAAGUUACUUAGCCAUCAUGGCAUUUUAGCACA